AUGCUUCCGAGCAGUCUGGCCGUUUCGUCCAGCUCGGCGACGCUCGACGCCACCAGCCUCUACCAGCCGUCGACAGUUGGUCAGACAGGUCUUCAGAUUCAGGGAAUGUCCGCUCAGGACUACGCGGCCUCCGUUCAGCCGUCGUAUUCGACAAAUGCGAAUGCCUACAAUGCCUACCAAUGGCCAACUGCUAUAAAUAGCAUAAAUACACUAAACACACUUGGAACCUACAAUCCUUAUAAUAAUUACACGGCUACAACGACACCGAUGAAUACUGCUUACUCGGGUUUCCGAGUAAGUGGUGGAAUAUCGCCUAUUGGUGGAAAUCGAAGCGCCUCAGGUGGCAGUACCGGAACGACCCUCUCUGGCACUUCAGCGUCAACAGCAUCUCCGUCGCGUGGCUCCUCAUGUGGUGGUGGUGAUCAACAACUAACAAGUUCCGAACUGGCUCGAAUUCGUCGUACGGGAAACUAUGGAUGUGCAAAGCCACCCUAUUCGUAUAUUUCCCUCAUUACGAUGGCUAUUCAACAUUCGGCCAAUCAUAAGAUGACGUUGUCGGAAAUCUAUAAUUGGAUUAUGGAUUUGUUCCCGUACUAUAGGCAGAACCAGCAAAGGUCAGGAAGAGGGUGGCAAAACUCGAUCCGGCACUCGCUUUCCUUCAACGAUUGCUUUGUGAAAAUUGCUAGGACUCCGGAUAAGCCAGGAAAAGGAUCAUUCUGGACAUUGCAUGAGCUGUGUGGGAACAUGUUCGAAAACGGUUGCUAUCUUCGACGACAGAAACGUUUCAAGGUCAAGGAACGAGAUCCACCCCGAAAAAAGCGCAACAACAACCAAAACAGCCAGAAUCAUCAAAAUCAAGUGAACAACAAUGCAGCGAUCAAGGAAGAAUUAGAAGAUACGUAUAAGAGCGAGGAGGCAAAAAUGGAUCUCAAUCAGACGAUCUCAAGCGUUUCCCAAGAGAUCAAAGAUCAACUCGGUCAACAGCAGCAACAACAACAACAGCAGCAACAACAACAACAACCGCUGCAACCGAUCUCCUUAUCGACACCGUCAUCCCUCAGUCAACCGACCUCAGUGAUUUCCACUGUUGGCACGACACCACUCGGAUCCCAGACUACUACGGUUAAUCCCUAUUAUCAACUGUACAGCACGGAUUUCUCUGCUGCCGGAGGUCUUCCAGGACUUACCGUACCGUCAGCGUUCUCCAUUAAUAAGUUAAUGGAUAGCACGAACGGCUUCGAUUAUAACUACUACCAAACCUCUGCCAAUGACUACGGUGGAUAUUCACAUACUCUUUACAGUUCAACAAAUCCGAGCACGGCGUCAAAUCUGUAA